CUCUUUCGCUUCUCUUUGCGGUAGUGAUAGGUUGGUAAUGCUAGAUGUCAUCUGGAAUGAAUGAAACAGUCGGUGUUAUCGUAUAUAACGGCUGAACCAUGGUCCGUCUGAUUUAGGUAGAUAAGAUUAAUCAAGUAUAUUGAAGUCGUGCGAAUUCUGAUUCACUUCGGCAUAUUAUUGGCGCAAGAACGAGAACAAAAGAUGUCCGGCUUUGACGAGAAUCCCUUCGGGGAGCCUACGAUUAACGAUCCUUUCUCGGAUCCAGCGAUACGAAGAGCAGUGACUUCUACACCUGCUAGUAGAGGUCUUGAGGAUUAUAAUCCUUUUGCUGAUCAAGGUACUCAAGGAACUACACAAGUCAGAGGAGCAGUGAAUCCACCAAUUUAUGGUGGAGUUGGUGCAACGCAACAGCCAGCCACACUUCAACCUACUAAUCAAGAAGCACCUCCUCCUGCAUAUGCUCGUACUCCUCAACAAACAGUCAAUGCAGCAAUUGGUAGUUCUUUAUCACCUUCAUCAGAUCAACGAGCUGAACCAGAAUGGAAAGCUAGAGCAGAAGAAGAACUAAGAAAUACUCCUUACUAUCCAAGGCGAAAUAAUUGGCCACCAUUACCAGAAAAAUGUUGUUUUCAACCAUGCUUUUAUCAAGAUAUUGAUGUAGAAAUUCAUACUGAUUUUCAAAAAAUAGUGAGGCAAUUGUAUUAUCUAUGGAUGUUUCAUGGAUGUGUUCUGCUAAUGAAUGUAAUUGGAGGAUUUGUUUUGAUGCUUUGUGACCAGGAUUUCUCAGCAUUUGGUCUUGGAAUUUUGUAUCUUAUACUCUUUACUCCAUUUUCCUUCAUGUGCUGGUUUAGACCAGCUUACAGGGCUUUCAAGAAUGACAGUUCUUUCAACUUUAUGGUCUUUUUCUUCGUCUUCUUCUUUCAACUAAUUGUCACAGGUAUACAGGCUAUAGGUAUUCCUGGUGCAGGAACUUGUGGUAUAAUAACGGCUAUUAAGACAUUGGAUUCAUCAGCCAAAGGUAUUUUUGUUGGUCUGCUCAUGCUCUUCAUCGCUAUUUGUUUUCUUCUUGCUGCAGGUGGUGAUCUCUUAUUGCUCACUAAGAUUCAUCGCAUUUAUCGUAAUUCUGAUGCGAGUGUUACGAAGGCGCAACAAGAGUUUGCUACAACAUUUUUGCGAAAUGAGCAUGUGCAAAAUGCUGCGAGCAACGUCGCGGCAAGUGCAGUUCGUCAACAAAUGACUAAUGCUGCUAGCCAGCCACGUUAUUAAAUAACUUUUAUCAUUUAUUUGUAAUCUUCGGAUAUACACUAUAUGGCUUUACAUCAUUCAAGUAAGUGGAUAGAUCUCAUUAGUUCCACUGUUUACAGAUUAUGCAAAAUGAUGAUCAUAGAAAUGCAAAAUAUGUUUACAAAACUUAUUCUUACAAUGAAACACUGUAAUAUACGAAAAUUAUGCUUCACGAUUAAAUUUAUUCUUUGAUGUAUGUUGUAUUAACAUUAAUUGUACAGCUAUAGCAAAAUAUUGAAACAUUAAUGGAUAUUUUAAAAUCUUUCAAAA